UCUUCAUCCUUUCCUCCCGGCUCCCUCCACACUCCUGGACCUGCCCCUAGAAUCUAGCCCAGCUCUCUACCGGCCAACUCCUGGCCCCGCCCCCGAGGUUACAGGGGCAGGGGCGGGGCUGGAGAACCAUCGAGAUGCUCUGGCCUGCGAGCGGAUCUGUGCCGGCGGAAGUCUGCAGGGUGGGACGCGGAGGGAUGGGCAUGCAAAACCGCUUCCGGCGGUUCGGUCAGUUGGCGGGUCCCAGACGCGCUCAGGCUGGGUGUCUGAAUCAAGACAAGUGGAUCCCACCCUCCAAAUGUCAUGGAGGCGGUGACAUUUGGCGACGUGGCUGUGCACUUCUCCCGGGAGGAGUGGCAAUGUCUGGACUCUGGCCAGAGGGCCCUCUACAGGGAGGUGAUGCUGGAGAACCACAGCAGUGUGGCUGGACUAGCAGGGUUCCUGGUUUUUAAGCCUGAACUGAUCUCUCGGCUGGAGCAAGGACAAGAGCCAUGGGUCCUUGACCUACAGGGAGCAGAGGGAACGGAGGCACCGUGGAUUUGCCAGACAGAUUCUGCUAUUAGAACUGAUCAUAAGCAGACCUGUGAGUACACAAACAUUCCCAAAAGUCAGCUUCCUGGCUUUGGACACAAUUUGGAUUCUAAGGUCUGGUCAGAGAAUUGUUCAAGUAGCCUUGGGCUAAGAGUGAGUGGCUCACUUUUCCAGAAACAUCAUUUGAAUAAUGAGACGAUGGCUCCCAAGGACACUGUCCGGCACGGUAAGGAGCUACAGGCCACUGCUCUGGGUUAUCCACCUGGUGAACGGAGAGACGGUGUGACAGGGGCAUCAGAAGACUGUGAAAUGUGUGGUAGAGUCUUUACGCCAACUUUGCGCCUGGAUCCAUAUCUGGAAGUGAAUGUGCAGGGAAUGCCAUACAGAUGUCAAGAGUGCCCCAAAAAAUCAUCUGACUGCUUAAAGGAGAAAUACACCAGUAGCUGCCGUGGGCAGAAACCUUAUGAAUGUGAAGAAUGUGGGAAAGUCUUCAGGCUGCGUUCACAACUCAAGCAGCAUCAGAGAAUCCACACUGGAGAGAAACCAUUUAAGUGUGUUGAUUGUGGGAAAGCUUUCCGUUUGAGCACCAAACUGAUCCAGCACCAAAGAAUUCAUACUGGAGACAGGCCUUACAGAUGUGAAGAAUGUGGGAAAACCUUUGGUCACAGCUCAAGCCUUAUCCAUCAUCAGAGAAUCCACACAGGAGAAAGGCCCUAUAGUUGUCAAGAGUGUGGAAAAGCCUUCAGCCAGCAGUCACAGCUGGCCAGACAUCAGAGGAUCCACACUGGCGAGAGGCCCUACCCCUGCCAUAAGUGUGGCAAGGCCUUCAGCCAGAGCUCGACUCUAGCCCAGCACCAGAGGAUGCAUACUAGGGAGAAAUCUCAAAUGCCAAGAGCUUCAGAGAGCCCAAGCCUUACUGCGCGUGAGAAAAACAGCCCUGCAGAGAAGCCGUUUAAGUGUGAGGACUGUGGGAAAGCCUUCAGGUGGAUCUCUCGCCUGAGUCAGCACAGGCUGACUCACACCGGAGAGAAACCUUUUAAGUGCAACAAGUGCACAAAAGCCUUUGGUUGUAGCUCGAGGCUCAUUCGCCAUCAGAGAACACACACGGGAGAAAAGCCAUUUAAGUGUGAGGAGUGUGGGAAGGGCUUUGUCCAGGGCUCGCAUCUCAUUCAGCAUCAGCGAAUCCACACAGGAGAGAAGCCUUAUGUGUGUGAUGACUGUGGGAAAGCCUUCAGCCAGAGCUCCAGUCUUAUCUACCACCAGAGGAUUCAUAAGGGAGAGAAGCCAUACGCAUGCUCCCAGUGUGGGAAGGCCUUCAGUAUGAGCACGCAGCUCACCGUGCACCAGAGGGUUCACACUGGGGAGAGGCCCUACAAGUGUAGCGAGUGUGGGAAAGCCUUCAGUCAAAAUUCCACGCUUUUCCAGCACCAGAUAAUUCAUGCUGGAGUGAAGCCCUACGAGUGUAGUGAGUGUGGAAAGGCCUUUAGCCGGAGCUCAUACCUUAUCGAACACCAGAGAAUCCACACUCGAGCCCAGUGCUACAAGGAAUUUGGAAACACUGUUGAAAGUAGCUCCUUUUUGAACUCUAAAAAAGUGAACACUGCAAAAAAACUGUACCAGUGUGAUGACUGUGAUAAAAUAUUCAGGUGGCGUUCACACCUAAUGAUACACCAGAGGAUUCACACAGGAGAGAAGCCUUACAAAUGUAAUGCUUGUGGCAAAGCUUUUAAUCGGAGCUCAAGGCUCACUCAGCACCAAAAAAUUCACAUGGGAUAAAGCGUUUACCUAAAGUUUACCUUGGUUAAUUCUCUAUUGCUGUGAUGACAUCAUGGCCAAGAUAACUUCCUUGUUUUUUCGAGACAGGGUUUCUCUGUGGCUUUGGAGGCUGUCCUGGAACUCACUCUGUAGACCAGGCUGGCCUCGAACUCACAGAGAUCCACCUGCCUCUGCCUCCCGAGUGAGUGCGAGUGCUGGGAUUAAAGGUGUGCACCACCAUCACCAGGCUCCAAGGUAACUUUAGAAAGGGCUUAUUUGGGGCUUACGGUUCCAGAGCAUUCAUGGCCAUCAUUGUGCGGGGCAUGGCAGUGGGCAAGCAGGUAGGCACGGCGCUAGAGCAGUAGCUGAGAGCUCACAUCUUGAGACAGUUGCUAAGCAGAGAGGACUAACUGGAAAUGCAGUCUUUAGAAACCUCAAAGCUCACCCCCAGUGACACACCCCCAAGACCACACCUCCUAAUAAUUCCCAAACAGUUCCUCCAACUGAGGACCAAGUAUUCGUACAGAUGAGCCUAUGGUGCGGGGCAGUUUCGUUCAAACCACCAUGCUAUAUAAAUAUGUAACGAUAACCUGAAGCCUUAUUUUAUUUGGAUGAUUUAUGCUAACAGAGACUUGAGAGUGCUGGGGGAGAUUCAGAUUUGUUGUUAAGAAUAUUCUACUUUAAGCCGGGCGUUGGUGGCGCACGCCUUUAAUCCCAGCACUCGAGAGGCAGAGGCAGGCGGAUCUCUGUGAGUUCGAGGCCGGGCUGGACCGAUAGCCUCCAAAACAAUACAGAGAAACCCUGUCUCGAAAAACCAAAAAAAAAAAAAAAAAGAAUAUUCUACUUUAAAAAUGUUUUGUUUCUGUAAUGUUUGGCAUUUACGCACUGAAUAAAGUUUGUGUCACACUCAAA